CACACACACACACACACAGUGGGACUCGGGCAAUGAGACGUACACACACACACUCACUCAGUGUGUAUCAGUGACCGUUUAAACCCAUCCCUGUUCCUGUGCAGCUUAAUUCCGCUGACGGAAACGAGGCUUAAUAGUGCAUAUUCUUCUCGGCUAAGUGUAAAGCUGAGGCUGCGCCGCUUACCAGCUGCUCUCACAGAUCUGAUGAAGACCCACUUUAUUGGAAACAUUUGGAGUCUUGGACCAGAAUAUGUUGAAUGCCAUUCUUCUUCCUUGAAGUGACUCUGUUACUGCUAUAUUGGAUGCAGUUGAAAAAGCAGAAUAGGACUAAAUAUGCUUUCUCUUGCCCCAAAGGACUAACUGAAUUGUGCAGAGAUGAAACAGUGAAUAGGAUUGAAAAGCUGUAUUGCUCUGUGAUAAAUACAAGUAGGAAAGAAAAAAAAGUUGGAAUUCGUGCCAUCAUUUUCUGGGUGGCCUAGUUGGUCAAUAUGACAAGUUUGUUUCGACGGAGCAGCAAUGGUGGCUCUCGUGGAGGAGGAGGAGCAGGAGCAGGUGGAGGAGGAUCAGGUGGAGGAAGUGGAGGAUCGACCACAGGUGAACUGAACAACAGUAGGCCUAACCGACAGGUGCGGCGGCUGGAGUUCAACCAGGCCAUGGAAGACUUUAAGACCAUGUUUCCCAGCAUGGACUAUGAGGUUAUCGAGUGUGUGCUGCGCUCCAACAACGGGGCUGUAGAUGCAACCAUUGACCAGCUUCUUCAGAUGAGCAUUGAUGACAAUGCAUCAGAUGACAGCUCAGACUCCGAUGACAGCAUCCCACCUGAGAUUCUGGACAGGACCCUCGAACCAGACAGCUCAGAUGAAGAGCCACCUCCAGUCUACUCUCCACCCACAUAUGACAUGCACAUAUUUGACAGGAAAUAUCCAAAUGCCCCGCCCACUCCUCCACCCAGGUUUGAAGUGCAGCCUUCAGUGGGACAGCAGAACACGCAGAGUUACAGGAACUGGAACCCGCCUUUACUCGGCAACCUGCCUGAUGACUUUCUUCGAAUCUUGCCCCAGCAGUCAGACAGUAUACAGAGCUCUCAAAGCAGUGUUCGUAAUCCCUCAUCCUCCCUGGCAUCACUCCCUGAGCAGGCUGCCUGUGCUGCUGGAGCAUCUGAACAGGAACGCAAGCUAAAACAAUAUCUGGAAGAUGAGCGUAUUGCUCUCUUCCUCCAGAACGAAGAGUUCAUGAAGGAGCUGCAGCGCAAUCGCGAGUUUCUCGUCGCACUGGAACGAGAUCGCCUGAAAUAUGAAUCGAAGAAAUCUAAGUCAUCUUCUAACUCAACAGGUGAACACUAUGUUCCUGGAUCCUUUGAGGCAUGCACAGUGGUGUCAGAUGAGGCCCUGUUCAGAGACAAACUGAAGCACAUGGGAAAAUCAACCAGGAAAAAACUGUUUGAGAUCGCCAGAGGGUUUUCAGAAAAGACAAAACGAAGAAAGACCAAAAGAAGGACCCUCCUGAGACAUCAUUCACUGGGCACUGCAAACUCCACUGCAAAUUUGCUGGAUGAUGUGGAAGGAAACCCCUGUGAGGAAGAGAGUCAGCUCAGAAGAUUGGCCACGCAGGAAGAGGAGCGGCCCCAAAGGGAAGCACUUUCAUGAUCGCCGCUGUCACCUGUUGCAUUUAAAGUAUUUGUGGUGAAAGCAGAGUAAACGAUGGCAGACUACCUCUCUGUCUGUUUCGUUCAACAAUAAUGGUGCGAGCCACUCCGCCCCAGCUCCACUCACACUGUCUCCACGCUCACAGGUUUCCCUCAUCACAUGAAGGGACUAGAAUUCAAAAGCAGCAUUGUAACAAGUCUGAAUGUUAUAUGCAAUAUUAUUAACUGUAUAAUAACUGUGUUAAUAUAUGAUUUCAUAUGUAAAGCUGAACAAAUACAGUAUUACAUUUCUGUCUUCCCUGUUUAAUGGUUAAAAAAUCUCAAUUUGUGCUACUUUAGAUGUAUUCUUCAUUUGAUUAUUUAUGGUUUAAGAAGAAUUUGGCUUGUUACAUAUAAUUUUUAUAUCUUUGCAAAAUAUUUAUGCAAAAAUAUUUAUAUUUCUUCAAACAUAUAGGUUGACCACACUGAUGGUUAUGUAACAUUGGAAAGUUUGUUGUCCAAAAAUCCAAUCGAAUCAUACAAAAUUUGCCACAUUUGCGUAUGUAAUCCAUUUGUAAAAAAAAAAAAAAAAACACCACCAAAAUGCCUAUUUAAAUGUGUACUACAUUCUGACUACAGUGUUAGGUUUUAAAUGUUUUUUGAUGUUCAUGAUGAUGAUUCAGAACAAAUGGCAAGUUCAUCCUCUGUCCAAGUGCCCUUUUAUCCUGUAGACAUGAUUUUAUACAGAUUCUCUACACAUUCAGAGAUGAAGCAUUUUCUUGCGUAGCCAAAUGAUACUGUUACAGUGCUUAAAUAAUUAUUAUUGUCAAAACAUGUCUAUGUUUUUCGCAUUGUACAUGGGAAAGGGCAAUAAUCUGUGAAUGGAUUUCUAAUUCUACUUGCACUGCCACUCGCAUUUCAUAAUCCUAUUAAGAUACGUUUGUAGUUUUCCUUCAGGAAAGCUAACAUUUAAAAAGCCAGUAUUAAUUUGACUCUAGCCAUUAAUACUUUUUCUUUCUGUUGUAUUUGGAUAUACCUGAAAAAUAUGUUGGAGUACAAGGAACAAAUUGAAAGAUAUCAUGUUAGUUUACUGUGGUGUUGAUAUUUGACAAGAUGAUUUAAUUUUCUUUCAAGCAAUGUGAUAUUAUUGUAAGGGGAGAUUAUGAGAAUGUCAUCUAGUUUGUAUUUUAGUAGAAGCUAGCAUAGCAGAUUUUCUGUGUUUUUUAUUAUCACUGGGUUUCUGUGAGUAGAGUCACGGGAAUUGUAAUUUAGUGUUAUUAUGCAAUUGAUUCUUAGUAAAUGUUACAAAGUAUUAUUGGGUUUUUGAGAAGAGAACAUUUUUAUAAAUACCUUUUGGACAUUCAUUUUGUUAUUACUGGUUCUGUAUAGCAGGUUUUCAUUCAUGAGAUACAAGUUGAUAUAAGAACAGAAAUCCUAUGUGAUGCUCAAGAUGUGAAACUAUCCAAUCCAAUACUGAUCAUUUGAAAUGGGGUGGGACACACUGUCAUCUGAAUAUUGUAGUUUUCUUUUGACAUGUUCAAAAAAUGUAAUUCUAUACAUUUAUUUUUCUCAGAAGUUGUCUUUUAAAAACAGACCACCUUGAUUUAUACUUGUUAUACUUGUAUGGUCAUAAAUACAGUUCAUCCACCAUACGAUCGGUGCACACUAACGCGUUUAAUCUCUCAGGGAACUUGCUCUCAUUUAACAAUUUUGGUACAAGCACAGUUUCAAUAGACACAGAAAUAAAUAGUACAAAAAAAACAGUUUGAAAGCUUAAUGUAGCAGUCAGAUAUGCUUCAUAACGCAAUAAAAACUGUUGAUCUAACCAAAAGAUUGUUUAAAAAUAUGUCAGUAUUUGAGGAUUCAUUUGAUUUCUUAGAUGUUAUUUUCUUUUCCUUUCAGUAUGUUAGUACGUUCUUGAAUUCAUGUCUAGAUUCUCACCAAAGUUACAUUUGGUCUUCAUAAAAGUUGAUGUUUGGUUGAAUUUACUCUAUACGGUGGUGAAAGUUGUGCAGUAAUGAAUGGUGGUAAUGAUCAAAGCAGCGUACUCUGAGUCUUUAAUUUUAAUCAGAUUAAAUAGAAUAUUUUCUUAAUGUUAAUCCUGGUUAGUAAAUUGACUUUGAAGUGAUUAUCAUUAUUAUUAUUAUUAUUAUUAUUAUUAUUAUGGAAGAUUGUCAUUUUUAAUUCUAGGACUAUGACUGUAUUUGCACCACUAAUAAAUGUAAUGAUUCUAUAACCCAUCUUACUCUCAACUCUGUCUCCAGACAGAAUGUUUCCUUACAGUCCUUUUACGCUUAUUAGUUAUUUAAAAUGAAUAAAAUUGUUAUAUGUUG